UGUCGUCGCAUUUUUCGUGCCUUCCGGAGCGUGGAUCCCCUGGAUUUUUGUGGUCGUUGUGCAAGUGCGCGGCAGUCACGUACAGCCGUUGCAACAAAGUACGAGAAAUCUUAACAAAAAAAAAAACACAUUGUAACAGACGAACAAAUCCGGCAGAAGUAACCAAAUCAAUGUGGCAAAUAGUGUACCUUCGAUGCGCGCUCGUUGAUUGAUUAACACAUCACCUCCCACACAAACACGCCGAGUGUAAAGUACUCAGUACUACUUACCUGUGGGUGCAAUCCGCUGCAAAUUGGAAUUGGAAUUGGAAUUGCAACUGCGCGGUGUGCAUCCCCAGCGGAGAACGCUGAAGAAACCAAACAAACAACAAAAAAAAAAAGAGUUUAAAGUGCCGCGGCUGCAUUGUUUUGACUUUGAUCGUGUGUCGUGGUCUCCAGCACCCUUCAUCCGCCCCGUUGGCCCUCGACGCAGCGCGUGCGUGUUGCAACUUUUGAUUAGCUUUGGAUUCCGAUUCGGAUUGCGAUCCCGCAGUGCGCCUGCAUUUUUCGUAACUUAUCGCCGCCCACAUCUUAACUGGCAUUUGCCGCGGCGGCUCGUCCUCCUCCUUCAGAGUCAACCGUUUGCCGGCUGAGAUGUGCGUCCAAUUUGUGGCGAAAUUAAUUAUAUAAUUUCCAAAACACCGCCAAAAUCAAUUGCACAAAGGAAGAGAAAGAGAAGCGCUUCAAUAAACACGCCAAGCGGUGCUAAUGCGAAAGGAAACUCCCCGACAAUCGCCGAAAAUUGUAAAGAAAUAAAUUAUACAAAAUGUCUACACAAAGCACAAGACAUUCGCCAUUCGCAUGGACCACAAGAGGCCUGCUGCUGCUCGCCACCUGGUGCUGCUACCUCGGAUACCUCGGAUCGGAGGCCCAUGUGGCCCUCACCUAUCCACCUGCCCGCAAGUUCGACCUGGACUUUCUGGACAAUGCGCGAACGAAGGCGCCAUGUGGCAUGCCCAAAGGCUCCAUCCGCACAUCGCUGCUCUCGGGCACGCAGUUCAACGUCACCUGGCAUUUGGCCUAUGCGCACAAGGGCGGCUUUCGGUUGCAACUUUUGGAUGCCCUCGAUCGACCUGUUCUGGACCUAACGCCACAUGUAAAUAACUCGGAGUUUGUGAGCACUGAUGUCACUGCCCAGUCCUACGAAGUGAAGAUACCGAACGACUUUGAAUGCUUUAACUGCACUCUUCGGCUGCUACGCCAGGCAGAUGAGUGGACCACCAGCUAUCGCUUCUGGUCCUGCGCCGAUGUGGACAUCAAGCUGAGGAAGGACUUCAAGGAGACCUGUUCCGGCAAUGGCAAGUACUUCCCCUCGCGGUGCAAGUGCGACAAGAACUUCUAUGGCCCGCAGUGCCAGUACAAGGAUGAGUGCUCCGCCGACUCCGAUUGCGGUGUUCAGGGCAAGUGCGUCGAUCUGGGUGGAACCUCGCUGCCUAAGAAACUAUGCUACUGCAACUUCGGCUGGUUCGGUAUUGGAUGCAACAAACGGUCGCCCUACAAGAGCACAAGCCUCGACCUCUCCUCGUAUUCCAAGAAGGAGCUCUCACCCGACUACCACGUCUACUGGAGGCUGCUCGAGGAGCAGAAGGAGAUCGAGAUGGUGCUUAAGGUCAAUGGUACAUCGUGGGUGGGCUUGGGCUGGAGACCACGUGGCAUGACACCGGAAUGCAAGAACUUCCCGCUGAUACGGGACAUCGGAGAUCUGACUACAACUCUGGAAGCCUCUGCUCCGGAACCCAAGAGCGAACCUGAACCCAAGAGUGAACCUGAACCCAAGAGCGAACCGGAACCCAAGAGCGAGCCGGAACCCAAGAGCGAGCCGGAACCCAAGAGCGAACCGGAACCCAAGAGCGAACCAGAACCCAAGAGUGAACCCGAACCCAAGAGUGAACCUGAACCCAAGAGUGAACCCGAACCCAAGAGUGAACCAGAGCCUAAGCGAUUAGCCGAGCUUAGGUCCGCACCAGAACCAAAAAGUGAGCCUGAGCCUAAGAGCGAACCUGAGCCCAAGAGCGAGCCUGAACCUAAGAGCGAACCGGAACCUAAGAGCGAACCGGAACCUAAGAGUGAACCGGAACCCAAGAGUGAACCGGAACCCAAAAGUGAACCGGAACCCAAGAGUGAACCCGAACCCAAGAGUGAACCGGAACCUAAGAGCGAACCAGAGCCGACUAGCGAGCCUGAACCAAAGAGUGAACCCGAACCCAAGAGCGAACCGGAGCCCAAGAGCGAAGCAGAACCAACCAGUAAGCCGGAACCCACAAGCGAACCGGAACCAACAAGCGAGCCGGAACCCAAAAGUGAACCGGAACCGAAGUCUGAGCCGGAGGCCCAGAGUACAAAAUCCAAGAGAGUUGCUGGAGAUUUUGCUAAAAAGGGUGUCUCUUCAGUUUCUACAAGUGUUUCAUAUCGCGUUAGCACCAAGUCAGAUCGCCAACGGCGUGAAGCUGACUCACCCAAAUACCGCCUAAAUCCCUACACACCACGACACGACUUCAACGGCAUGGACUGCACAGACAUCGUGAUCGGAGCUGCACGAGGAAUGGCCAGUAGAGUGGGUGACUACUACAGCCGUGAUCGAUCGACACCCCACAUUGACGAGUUCUUCGGCGGCAAGUCAAACCUGGCCUUGGGCACGGGCUUCGAGGAGAAUGGCGUGACCACGAUCAUCUUCCGCAAAAAACUGGUCGCAAAUGAACCCACCGAUCACACCCUAGACGAUGCGCUCACCCAUGUGAUUUGGGCCAAGGGCCAGGAGCCGGAGGCAUAUGUGCAUGUGCCAGCCUCUGGCCUGGAAACGCAGACCGCAACUGUCAAAAACUUCUAUCAGCAGGAUGAACUCAAGUACCACGGACACCAAAUGCAGCGUGGCGUCACCCAGAUCAAUUUCUUCGAAAAAGAAAAGUCAGCCACGAGCACAGACCGUAACGACCUGGGCACCAAUGUGCUGGAUAACGAUUGCUAUGGUCAUUGGAAGUAUCCGUCCAACUGCUCUCCCCAGGAGCACACCUGCGAGUACUACGCCAGUUGGGAGACGGCCGGAAAGGGUGACGAGAUGCGUUGGCACAUUGAAACGUCGAACACGCAGACCUGGACGGGAAUCGGUUUCAGCGAUGAUCAGCGUAUGUCGCAGACAGAUGCGAUCAUUGGCUGGGUGGACGGACGCAGCGGAAGACCCUUCCUUAUGGACACCUGGGUGUUGGGCUACGCUUCGCCGAAGCUAGAUGAUCGCCAGGACAUCUACAAUACAUCCGGACGCAUUGAGAAGGGUGUGACCAUUCUGGAGUUCAAUCGCAAGCGGAUCAGCAAUGACGAACAGGACUUGUCCUUCACUGAGGACCACUGCCUCUAUCUAUUCUUCCCGGUUCUGGGCGGUGCCUUCAAUGUGGUGAACAAGAAGAUCCGCAAGCACGAGCAGGUUCCUCCAAUCUCUUCUCAGCGUGUCUGCAUCAAAUCCUGUGGCAAGGAACUUGAGUCCGUUUUUGUGGGCACCAGCACUCCGGCUCCAAGCCGUCUAGUUUACGCAGUGGCCGUUAAGCUGAUGAACCUGGGCGAAUCCUAUGAGGCACCGAAGCCGGGAACCGUGGAGUUCAAUAACCUGGCAGCCACUAUAUCUGAUUCAUUCAAUGGUAUCCUAAGUCCUUUGGCUGGUUACUAUAAAACAGAUAUUCUGGGCUUUGAAAAGGAGGGCAGCACCAUGGUGGCCAAGGUGCAGGCCAUGUUCGACAAGGCGGAUGUGGAGAAGACGCACGCCCUAGAAACCAACGAGGUGGACAAAACCAGCGAGGCAGCAGCCCAGAAGAACGCCGAUGUGAUUCGUUCGGCUCUGAAGGAUCAGAUUGCCACCGGUCGAGUGGGAUCUCUAACGGUGGAUCCUCAGUUUUUGGACUUUGAGGCAUUGGAAUACAAGAGCUCGUCCGAGCCCAAUGCCAAGGAGACACUGCUCUCCUUCUUCGAUCUCUCCGAGACACGUUUGUACAUCGUCCUGGGACUGAUUGCGGCCCUGGUGCUCAUCGCGUUGAUCCAGGCCUUCUGCACCAUUUGGAAGACAUCGCGAAAGAGCAAGAACACGAAGGAGAAACUGAUCCAAAACUCACCCUGGAAGGAGUUCGCCUCGAACACCAACUAUGCCUUUGAUCCUUAUGGCGAAACGGAGGAGAAGAACAUUACCAACAGCACCACGGGCAAGGAGAAGUCGCGCAACCGCCAUCAGUCGACCACGAGCAGCCAGCAGACGACACUACCCAUGUCCCAUUCGCCCACCAGCAAGUCCCAGAUGUACUACGAGAGUCCAAACGGUCAGGGCAAAAGCUCCAAUGGCAAUGGCAGUCGGACCAACGGACGCGCCACCCAAGAGAGCAGCGUCGGUGGAGCACCCUACUCCCGUAGCUCCUAUGCGGAGCGCGCCUACUCCCUGCCGCGGCAGGCGCAUCAAUACCAGCAGAGCCCGGCCAGCAUGCAGCCCUCGGGUUACUACACCCACGACAGGCGGGCCGCGCGCCAGGGAAGCCGGGAUAGGGAGCGCGAGCGAGAGAGGGAGAGGGAGGAGGAGCGGCGCCAGCGCCAGGACCGCGAUCGGGACUCUGGCUACGACCGGUCGCGUGACGAUCCGCGACAGAACGGUGGAUCCGAUACGCCCGACUUCUACUUCAUGCCCUCGCAGCGCAAGUAUUCCGGGGAGGUAGUACGCGUCUAUGUGGACUACAACAAGGAUCCGAAGCACUAAAGCUCAAAACACAUCCGAUUAUUUAAUGCUCGUUUUAAGUUCUACCCUCACUCUGUUUCGUCACACACAACAAAAAUAUUAAGGAUGUCAAUUGGAUCUUUUGUCUUCUUAAGAUAAGAUUGUAUAACACUUUCAACCGAUUUUGAAAUUAUCACAAAAAUAGUUUAACCGUUGAAUGCAUACAGAAUGUUUUUGAUAAGCGAAACCUAUAAAUGAAUCAUUCCAAGCUGACCUUUGUUUCAAAGAGAGCCAAUUGACAUCGAUCUGAUAAUUAUUUGUGCACUUUUGUUUCCAAUAUGAGCCCUCCUUAGUUUCGAUUUUGCCAUAACGCAGUUGCGCUGCAGCGGCGUUUCCAGGUGCGCAAGCUUUACCACAGAACGCACAACGCAUGAUUCCACAACUUAGUGAAUUGUAAAUAUUUUGAAUAGACAUUAAAACUCUUGCAAACGAGAAACAAAUCCAAGCCACACAAAUCACACAAAAUUAUAAAGCAAGCUUUGCAGUUAGGUACGUGCAUACAUAAUGUUUUCGCAUUGUCUUAUCGUAAAUGUGCAAAGAAACAUAGUCACUGUAUUUAAUCAAAUUAAAUAUACGCAUUAAGUACAUAUAAAUAAAGUUAAGUACAUCCAAAAAGAA